AUGCAGAACAGUAAAGUCCUCUUUUUCCUCGUUGCUCUAGCUUUAUUGUAUAUUACGGCAGUAGCUGGUCAUGAAGACGAGAAAGCAAAAACUGUUACAGUCGUCAAGACCGCAACCACAACGGUCCAUGAUCUCAAAACCACUACAGUGAUCAAGCCCACGACGGUCCAUGAAUUGAAAACCACUACGGUGAUCAAGCAUGAAUUGAAAACCACUACAGUGAUCAAGCCCACAACGGUCCAUGAUCUCAAAACCACUACGGUGAUCAAGCCCACAACAGUCCACGAUCCUAAAACGGUAGUAGUCACAAAAACAGCUACCGCAACAGUCCAUGACCAUCCUAAAACGGUGGUUGUAUAUAAACCGACGACAGUCUUGAAAACAGCAACCACAACAGUCCACGAUCCUAAAACUGUAGUAGUCACAAAAACAGCCACCACAACAGUCCAUGAUCAUCCUAAAACG